GUGAUCGGAGGAGCUAUCCAGAUGAGCGCCCUCCACCACCCACAUCACUGCCCCCUUCUACUCCUGUUGCGCCCCCUCGUGUGGAGAAGAAACCAGAGACAAAGAAUGCUGAAGACAUCCUCAAACCGCCAGGUCGAUCAACUCGGCCUGACAGGAUUGUGGUCAUCAUGCGUGGGUUACCUGGAAGUGGCAAAAGUCAUGUUGCAAAACUUAUUAGGGAUAAAGAGGUUGAGUGCGGUGGUGCGCCACCCAGAGUUCUUGGUCUAGAUGACUAUUUCAUGACUGAAGUGGAAAAAGUUGAGAAGGACCCUGAUUCUGGGAAGCGUGUCAAGACCAAGGCUCUUGAAUAUGAAUAUGAACCAGAAAUGGAAGAUACUUAUCGAAGCAGCAUGCUGAAGACAUUCAAGAAAACACUGGAUGAUGGAUUUUUUCCCUUCAUAAUCCUGGAUGCCAUCAAUGAUAAAGUGAAGUACUUUGACCAGUUCUGGAGUGCUGCUAAGACAAAAGGGUUUGAGGUGUACUUGGCUGAAAUCGCCACUGAUCACCAAACAUGUGCAAAGAGAAACAUACAUGGACGAACACUAAAGGAUAUUACAAAGCUGGCCAGUGGCUGGGAAUCUGCACCACCCCAUAUGCUACGACUAGAUAUCAGGUCUCUACUGCAGGACGCUGCGAUUGAAGAUGUGGAGAUGGAAGACUUCAACCCAUCUGAAGAAGAACCAAAAGCUGAAGUGAAACAGGAAGAUGAUGACGAGACUGAUCUGGUAGGACCUCUCUUUUCAUGCAUGCUGCUUUCAUCUAAUAAUUGAAAACUGUGAUUUUGUAGUUACUUUAAACAUGACCCCCAAAACAAGGUAAGUAUUCAAAGCAUGCAUCAAAGUCACAGGAUACUCUUUCUCAAUCCAAGUUGAUAAAAGUGAAACAAAUAAAAAAAAAUAUAUAUAUUUCUGUGACUGGGCUCUCCGGGGCUAUUUGUUAUAAUUGCAAUCCAUAUUCUUAUUAUGGAUUAUUAAAUGCUUUCACAAUCAAAUAUAUUGGCAACAGCAAAC